ACAGUGGGAGCGCCUCUGGUUCCUCAUCCUCACCUCGUCCUUCUUCCUGACCCUGGUCUGGUUUUACUUCUGGUGGGAAGUUCACAAUGACUACAAUGAAAUCAACUGGUUUUUAUAUAACCGAAUGGGAUAUUGGAGUGACUGGUCCAUUCCAAUACUUGUAACAACUGCUGCUGGCUUUACGUACAUCACAUUGUUACUGAUACUAGCACUAUGUCACAUAGCUGUGGGACAGCAAAUGAACCUGCACUGGCUUCACAAGAUUGGCCUGAUGACAACCUUGAUAACUACCGUGGUGACCAUGUCAUCGAUAGCACAGCUUUGGGAUGACGAGUGGGAGAUGGUAUUUAUUUCACUGCAAGCCACAGCCCCUUUCUUGCACAUAGGAGCACUUGCAGCGGUCACGGCCCUGUCAUGGUUGAUAGCGGGGCAGUUUGCACGAACGGAGAAAGCCACUUCUCAGAUGCUGAUGUUCACUGCAUACCUCGCAGUUGUAGUUGCACUUUACCUCGUCCCCCUCACCAUCUCGUCCCCUUGCAUAAUGGAGAAGGCGGCGCUGGGACCAAAGCCAGCCAUUAUAGGUCACCGCGGAGCACCGAUGUUGGCACCAGAAAACACUCUGAUGUCCUUCCAGAAGGCAGUGGAGCAGAAGAUGUAUGGAGUCCAAGCUGAUGUCGUACUGAGCUAUGAUGGAGUGCCGUUUCUGAUGCAUGACAAGACACUCAGGAGAACAACAAACGUGGAGGAAUUGUUUCCAGAGCGGGCCUACGAGCACUCCUCCAUGUUCAACUGGACUGACCUGGAAAAGCUCAAUGCUGGAGAGUGGUUCUUACAGAAUGACCCUUUCUGGACGGCUGGAUCUCUCUCAAGGUCUGACUACUUGGAAGCUGCCAACCAGUCAGUCUGCAAGCUGGCAGAUAUGCUAGAGGUGAUCAAGGACAACACAUCGCUCAUCCUGAACUUCCAGGACCUGCCACCAGCUCAUCCUUAUUACAGCACUUACAUCAACAUCACCCUGGAAACCAUCCUGGCAUCGGGAAUUCGGCAACAGUCUGUGAUGUGGCUGCCGGACAUGGAGAGGCAGCUGGUCAAACAGAUUGCGCCAGGUUUCCAGCAGACUUCUGGCCUCAAGCUGGACGCAGAGCGCAUGAGGGAGAAGGGCAUUGUGAAGCUCAACCUGCGUUACACCAAGGUCACGAACGAGGAUGUCAGGGACUACACCAUGGCGAACCUGAGCGUGAAUCUCUACACUGUGAACGAACCCUGGCUAUACUCCAUCCUGUGGUGUGCUGGCGUCCAGUCGGUCACCUCCGACAGCUCCCAUGUCCUUCGCAAGGUGCCUUUUCCCAUCUGGCUAAUGCCUCCAGACGAGUACCACCUAAUCUGGAUCACGUCUGAUCUCAUUUCAUUUAUCAUAAUUGUAGGAGUUUUUAUAUUCCAGAAGUGGCGCCUAGGAAGCAUCAGGACCUACAACCCGGAGCAGAUCAUGCUCAGUGCUGCUGUCCGCCGGUCCAGCCGGGACGUCAAGAUCAUGAAGGAGAAGCUGAUCUUCUCAGAGAUCAACAAUGGCGUGGAGACCACGGACGAGCUGUCUCUCUGCUCCGAGAACGGCUAUGCCAACGAGAUGGUCACCCCCACUGAUCAUCGGGACACCAAGCUGCGGAUGAACUGAGGGGCUCCAACCCAACCUGGCACGCGGCCACCCCCGCGUUCACUCCAGCAGCGAGAGCCGUGCUCUCCUGCUUGCUGUGGGAUGGGAACCUUUGAGGAACUGCUGGUCGGGCAGAGACCCCUUCCCAUACCCCAUCACUAGCUGCUCCACCUCCCUGGUUGUAAGGUUGGGGGGCUUAUUUUUGUAAAUAUGUAGAAAAAUCUGAAAUUUUUUGUCUUUUUUUUUUUGAGUGUAAUUUUUCCAGGGCAUGAAUGGAAAUACCGUGUUCAUUAAAUCCUUGACUUUAUGGCUGAAGUUAUUUGAAUCUUGACAUGACAGCCUGAGUCCCCUUGGGGCGUUCUGGGAAAAACACGUUGGACGUGUCUCCCCUUUCUCCCCCUUGCCCUGCUCCCCUCCUUCCCUUGGUGCAGCGACUGUGUAGCUGAAUGUUGUGAUGUUCUCGUGAAGUGUCGUUUCGUUAUGGUUUUUUGUUCCCCCCCCCCUUUCCCCAUUUCCUGAGCAAUGAAGUUUUAGCUCUAAUGCAACAGGAGGCUGUUUAGAGGAGAGAAGCUUUCCUAGGAGAGGAGAUGGCAGUGCUCUUCCCUGCUGAUGUUCAGAGCCAGGGACAGGGGUUGCACUGGCUCAGUCACUUGGGCAUCUUCUCCCUGGUCUCAUCCUCCUUCCCCGAAGCCUGGAUGCUCUAAGGGGAAUGGCCUUGAAAUGUCCUGCCACAGUCUUGAAGGCAAAUCCUGAGUAUUGGGUGUAGAUUGGCCUCUGCUGGCAGCAAUGCUUUUGGUUUUUUGUUUGUUUUUUUUUUCUUUUUUUUCCCCUUUUUCUUUCUUUCUAUCUUCUCCCUGAGUUGGGCUCUGUCGGGAGCCCAGAUGGCUUGCAAAAAGCAAUGCCGUGGGCGCAAUCACCGCUCAGAUCUGGCUAAAGUGCCUGCCACUCCCAAGUGGCAUUUGCAGUCACUUCUUGCUUUCCUGUCCUUGCACCCACGUAGGAAGAGGAGGUGGUCGCGCAGUGUGAGCUUGCCCCUCUCUGGGCCAAGAAGGUGCCCAUGGGUGAAGGGAGUUGUAAAUAGUUGGGAAGGUGAAGCAGCCCCGGAGCGUAAUUUAUUCCUGCAAGGACACCUUUCCUCCUUUCUUUAAAAUCAGGGUCUUUAAAGCUGCAUGAUCAUGUCCUCCAAAGGAGCGAUGGUUUUGCAGCAGAUGCUGGCAGGCUCAUGAAGGCAAGAGCUCUCAUCAGCGUGUUUCCAAUGCAAAAGGCUUUAAACCAAAAUCCUAGACCAGAGGUUAAAAGAAAAAAAGAAAAAAAAAAAAGAAAAAAAGAGCUCAGAAACCAAGUAGAUGACAGUUGAAGUUUAUCCCCUUCCUGAAACGGCUCACAGCCAGCCCAAGGGCGGCCUCAGCUCUCUGCUCUUGACCUUCAAGGCCUUGUGGAGAGGACCCUGUUUUUGGGUCACUUUGCUGUUCGCACGGAGCUGGUUCCCAAGGCAGCUGAAGCCAGCUGGAAGGCUGCUGGAGCUGUGAAUGGGUCUUGGCUCAGUCCCCGUGGCCUUCUGGUGUUGGGUUGCUCCCUUCCUUGCUGGAGCUUGGUUGACACAACGUGCAAUGUGAGAAACCCCAUUGAGUGCGAGCUUCCUUUGAAGCUUGGUGUGCGCUGCCUUGAAAGUGAGGGGACCAUCAAAGUUAUUUACUGUGAAGCGAAUAAGAGCUGAGGCUGAGUCUUUGAGGGCUGGCCAAGGUGGGCUGUAGAGCUCGAGAGUGGCUGGGAGAAGUCACCUUGCAGAGGAGAAAGCGGUCUGGGGGUUGCCGAUGUGCAUCACAUUUGAGACCCAAAGCAGGCUUGGAAAGGCUGGAAACAAACAACGAUAAAACCAGCCUUGAGCACUUGGUUCUUGUUUCAGCAGCACUGAACUGCUCUAUCUUUUUUAAGCUGUACUCCAGUAGCAUUUUGAAACCCCAAAGUCUUGGGCUUCAUGUGUAAGAACUGGGGGCAAAAGUGGCCAACUUAUCUAUGUAAAAGAAAAAUAUUG